GGUGAGCCAAAAUCAAUAUGAUCUUGAAGUGAUCCAGCAUCGGCACGCAUUGGGCGCGUUCAGCCGACGCAACAGUUAGUUGAGACUGGUGACUUGUUGUUUCCUCUGAACGCAAUUUGUUGGGUUGUGGUGCGGUGCAACCGUUGCUAAACUUUCCCACCAGAAAAAUAAUACGUUGACUUUUGUAAACGAAGUAUUUUAACCUUAAUUUUCGACUGUUGCUGUGCAUACCGUGAUAUUUGUACUACUGCUGUUUUUAAAAAUACAAUGGACACAAAUAUGAAUAAUAAGAACUUGAAAUCAAAAGUAAUUGUUUUGAAGGAUUAUUUCAUAAUUAAUAAUAAAUUGGUGGCAAAAAAUGCAGCGACAACUGAAGUGCAAUCACCUUCAGUUGAAGAAGAGUUAGGUGAAGGGGAAGGAUUACAAACUGAAGUUACCCAAAGUGCAGAGAAUAUCGACAAUGUGUGGGAUGGUAGUGCUACUCUGCUAUUACUGGACGAGUACGAAAACCACCUCCAAGAGUUUCGUAAUCCCAAAAUGAAUAAGAAGGUGUUCUGGGAUAAAUUAGCCAAAUCAUUAAGGGAAAAGGGGCAUAUCAAUGUCGAUGGUGCUUCUCUAGACCAAAAAUUUAGAUAUAUGAAGAAUACUUUUAAAAAAAUUAAGGACAAUAGCAAAAAGACAGCUACAGGUCGUAGUAGAGUUAAUUGGAAAUAUUUCGAUUGGUUUGAACAAAUAUGUGCAUCGGACAAGGCGAUCAAUCCACCUAUGCUAGUAUCAACAAUUGCGAUCGACGAUGAAGCAGGUACAUCAAAUAAGGAAAAUGGGGAUAACGUUGCAAAAACCCCAAGUUCUUCACGCAGUAGCACUCCUGACUCUCGAUCUGGCACUCGUUUGGAUACGUUUCGAAAACGCCACUUAAUAUUAGAAGAAGCACGUUUAGAAGAACUUAAGGCCAUUCGUUUAGAAAUAGCAGAGAGCAACAAAAUAAAUAGGGAGAAAUUGGACCUACUUAAGCAACAUUUGACAUGUCAUAAUAAUAAUUAAAAAGUACU